AUGUGGGAGUGUCAGGAGAUGAAAGAACAAAUACUUGCUCUCCAGAGCAGAUCUAUGAAGGAUAAUUUGUUAUUCGGGGGUAUACCGGAGCAGUCAGGGGAGGAAAACACGGAGGGGACUGUAAAAGAAUUUAUCCAGAAACAGCUAGAAAUCGAGUCCGAUAUGAAUUUCAGUGUUGUGCACAGGUUACGGCCCAGAUCAGACGGGAAACCCAGAACGAUUAUAGCCAAAUUCGAAAAUAGAAAGGAUCGCGAGAUGGUUUUAAAGUCGGCGCCAGUCAAAUUAAGGGGCAAAAAUGAGUUCACCGUUAAUGAACAGUUUCCCGCCGAGAUUAACGAGAGGCGCAGAGAGCUCAUCCCGAUCAUGAAGGAAGCGAAACGUCACGGUAAAAGGGCUACGCUGAGAGUGGAUAAGUUGUACGUCGAUGGGCAACUUUACACUCAACCACUACAUCCACAAACACCGUCACAGCAGCGUCGGCCGCCAUCCCAACUUCGUUUUCCGUCUCAUCAUCAGGACCAAACGCGCCAUGUCGCUCCGCCAGGAGCAACUGGCCAUCGUCGCUAG